AUGUGUGCUGACAACAACACGAGCCCCGUGGGUCAGCCGUCGACACCGGCGGCGACUCAGGCAGCUCAACCUAAGAACACGACUGAUCAUGAAGUUGUGCUUGUUGCUGAGGAUAUUGAGGAGAGCGACGCUGCGUCGAACCUUGGAAGCAGCGUCGCAUCCUCGAGUACAACUGUCAACAGCUCGGUUCUAGAAUACAGAAUGGAGAACGGCCGAACGUAUCACGCAUACAACGACGGCAAAUACUUCUUCCCGAACGAUGAAAGGGAGAACGAUCGGCUUGACCUUCAGCACAACCUCUUCAUCUUGACGUUUGAUAACAAGCUCGCGACCGCCCCACCCAAUGAUCCAGGAUCGAAGGUCGGCAAUGUUCUUGACGUUGGGACUGGCAGCGGUAUUUGGGCCAUCGACUUUGGGGAAGAGCACCCUGAUGCUGAGGUGUGGCGAACCCUGGUUUGUGGAGUCGAUCUUUCAGCUGUUCAGCCUGAAUUUGUACCGCCUAACGUCAAGUUCGAAAUAGACGACAUCGACCAGUCUUGGACAUUUUCCAAACCAUUUGACUACAUUCACAGUCGGAUGAUGAAUUCGUCAAUCAAAGACUGGAAGGCCUAUAUCCACACAUGCUUCGACAAUUUGAGCCCUGGAGGAUAUUUAGAGCUGAUCGAAUUCGAUGCUGUGCCAACAUCAGAUGAUGGCACUCUGAAGGCUGACUCGGCAAUCACCAAGUCCGCCACCCUGCUCUUCGACGCCGCGGCCAAAAUUGGUCGACCAUUCGAGGAUAUUAGCAGGAUGAAAGACGUCCUAGCUGAGACCGGAUUCAAGGACGUCCACAAGCAGCUCUUCAAGUGGCCGACAAACUCUUGGCCCAAGGAUCCGAAGUACAAGGAGUUGGGGAUCUGGAACCAUGAGAAUGCCAUCGCUGGUUGGGAGGGCUUUUGCAUGGCUCCGUGCACUCGGGUCCAUCGGUGGAGUAGAGAGGAAGUUCUCAUUCUCAUGGCGGAGGCCCGGAAGGAGUUCAAGGAUAGGACUAUCCAUGCCUACUUUAAUAUGUGA